GUUAAAAAGGGUCCUUCGAUUUGCACUUCCGUAAACAGAUUAAAAGGCAUUCUUUUACGUUUAUCGCUAACAAUAUACGAGUAUUCCCUAGAAGUAUGUGAUGCAUUUUACAUUUUUUUAUCACUCUGUCUUAACCAUUUUAUUAACAUGUCGUCAUUUGACUGUGAUGGGCGAGAACAGCUGUGCUGCUCUAAAACAGUGGCUCCAGUCAACUACAGUUUCAUUAGAGAUCAAGAACAAGGGUUUUCACAGGGAGGCAGAAACGACUAUUGAACUCCAGCCUGGUGGUGCGUUCGAGGACGUCCGAGUUUUGCUGCUUCACGCGUGGCCCAGUGGGGUCUAUGUGGACCCUUACCAGCUUGCUUUACUCGGAGAUGCAGUUGAUUGGCAGAUAUUAGUAGAUUCCACCAUUGACCUGGAGAUGCCUGCACACAAAACUCUGGGAUUCGUCACCUACGUUUAUCCCGCCUUCAGUGAGCAAACGCCCAGCGUGCUCAAAGUUAGCAUCCCUAUUCACGGCCGCUAUCACCAACCCUCUUUUACCGGGGAAACAUUUUCAUCAGUCGUCAUAGAACUCCCAAAGCUGCUUUUGCGCAUGGAGAAAUGUUCACUGGCUGAUUUGGAGCCUCACACAGCGACGGAAGCACCUUGCAACGCUGACAAUUCAAGCAUGUGUCUGUGGUUUCAAGUGCAACAUCAGCAGAGCCCUCGCGACAAGACCUUGCAUUUACCAGUGGGCGACGGUUCUCUGGUGACGCCUGUCUGCGGCCUGACGCUGGCCGUCACCAUGAUCUGCUGUUUGGCGCUUUCCAAAUACACGUGGAAGUAUCGGAUAGUUUAAAACCUCAUGGUGCUUGCUGUCUGUUUACCAGAUUAUUCCUGCUUUACAGUGUCUAAGAACAAUGGCAACAGUCAUAAUUUUGUCUUUUUUUUUUUUUUUUUUUUUUUUACUUCAUUCUAGUUAUUAUAUAUAUAUAUUAUUUUUUUUCUUAAAUAUACAUAUAGCAUUUUAUGUGGAAUAUUCUUAAGUGUUUUUGUAUCUCUAAUUUUCACUCCACUUUGUAUACGCUAGUGUAUGUUUUGGAAGUGCUUUAUGAAUAAACUUGAGUUGAGAUUA